AUGCCUCCCUUUCGAGAUGAGCACAUCUUGAUCAUUGCGCCAGGAUCGCAAACGACUUUGGCGCAACUCGGCCUUCCAGAAUCGUUCACUCCUGCGUCGCAUAGAUUCCCCACUCGCAUGUUUCCGGCCCCUGAUGGGAAAACAUAUGAGCCGUACAAAAUUCGAUCCAGGAAGAAGGAGGUCGUGAUCAAUGGCGGGGAUGUCGAGAUGGGCGGAACUGUAGAACCGAAGAUGGCGGAGGAAGGUGAUGAAGAACUGAUUGAGCUACCCGAAGACGACGAAGGCGCGAUAUACCCGCUUAAAGAGGGCCGGAUCGAUAACAUGCCAGCUUUCUGGGCUUUUCUUCAGCAUGUUCACAACACACUGUCGCCAACCUUGCACACCCCUAUAAUGCUGAUCGCACAACCAUCUUGGACCGCAAAGAACCAUGAAGAUCUCACAGCAUUCUUAUUCGAGCAGUUUAAGACACCCGCACUUUGCAUUAUGGACAGCGCUUUGGCGACGUCGUAUGCGUUUGGAAUUGCGAAUGCCACUAUUAUUGAUGUUGGAUUUGGGAAAAUUGAUGUGACGGCUGUCACAGACUUCCAAAUCUCCGGUAGAGGAACAGUUCCUCAUUCCGGAGGGGAGGCUAUGACACAGCGACUGAUGAAGCUGCUCAAGGCCAAGAAUUUCACAAGAGACAUGGCAGAGCAAUUGAAGCGGAGCCCGGUCUGCGAGAUCCUACCUCCAGGAACUCCACUUCCAGGUACUGAUGUUAAAGAAGAGGCCGCCGUCAUCAGCAAUCCAGCAGCUGCAGCAUCCACAGGUGCGACCUCGUCGGGACCAAGCGUUCGGAUUACGGAGGUGCCUCAUGUCCCAGUACUUGAUAUGGAAGUUGGAGAAGACGACGAUGCUUUUGAUGAUAAACAAAUAGAGGAUGAUGGCGUAUUAGACGUUGCCAGUAUUGUGACGAGUGGCAAGAUUCAAGAGGUUUUGGCGAGGAGAGAGAAGGAGAAAGCAGAGAAAGAAAAGCUGAAGCAAGCACGAAAAGAGAAGAGAGACGCUGAGAAGGCUGAGGCGGCAGCGGCGGCUGCAAGGCCUGCAAGACUUCCCAACUCAAAGAGACCUCGUGCGAUCUUCCACUACGAGGAGAUCAUCAAGGAUACUCCGGAUGCAAAGAGACAAAAGACCCCUGAACCUACACCCGCCGCGCCUGCAGCCAGUGAGACGGCUGUCGCUAGCGAAGCUAAUCCUGCAGACAGUGCCGCUGCUGCUGCCGUUCCCGAAUCUGAACCGGCACCUAUUGAGGAUGAAGCUGCACGUCGAGAACAGCAGAAAGCUGCACGCAAAGAAGAGAGACGAAAGAACCGGGAAGAAGAGAACCCGGAGCGAAUCCGUCGGGACAUCGAGAUUGGUAUCGAACGCUUCCAAGCUGCAGAUGAGGGCUAUCUAGAUGCGGUUGCUGAUACUAUUUAUCGCACAAUCCUGUCUGUGGACGAUAUCUCAAAGAGACAAGAUGCUUGGGAUGCAUUGGUAAUCUGUGGAUCAGGGUCGAAAGUUCGAGGUUUCAAGGAGGCGCUGUUGACCACCCUCAACAAUCGAUAUCUUGUAUCUCCCAGCUCCGCUACGAUGUUUAUGAGCGAAUUGCCGUCCAACCUCGCCACGCCGAGCGGUACUGGUUCACAGACACCCAACGCAUCAUUCACGCCCCAUGCUCCUCCUACCGCCAGCGCAGUCAAUCCUCUCUUGCUUGCCGCCACGACUGCGUCAAAUCCUGCUCUGAAUCCCAACCUGUCGGUCACAUCGUACAAUGGCACGCAUAGCCACUCUUCUCACUCACAAUCACCAACAAGCAUUAAGGUGGCAAGUCCUCCAGGCUACUUCCCAGAAUUGAAGCUGUACGAGGAAGCGGUUUUCUUGGGAUCUCAGGUGGCGGCAAAGGUUAUCUUCGUUGUCGACCAGGGAUUGUCAAAGGGAUUUCUUUCAAGAGUGGAGUUCAACGAAGAAGGCCCGACCGCUAUCCAUCAAGUGGGACUUGUAUUCUAG